GCCUGGCCUCCUUUCGUCCAUAAUCUCCAGAAGAAGAAGAGAGAGGGAAAAGGAGUACAGCCUGGUUGGCUUUCGAGUCCCUUGCUGCGCGAUGGAGCUGACGAUGGCCACUAGAAACCUGCGGAUCUUGACCUUGGCUGCUGGCAUCUCUUUCCUUCUGGGCCUUGUUUGUCCCCAAAAGAUGCUGGAAGAUAGCACAAAGAUCUGUCUGCAGCCACUUGUUAAAGGAUCCUGCCGAGCAAUAAUUUCCAGGUGGUACUAUGACAGACACUCACAGACAUGCAAGGAGUUCACAUAUGGAGGCUGUGAGGGGAAUGACAACAACUUCUUGAGUUGGCAGGAGUGUUCGAAACGUUGCAGCUCAAUUCCGAAAGUGCCUAAAACGUGCAGACUGGAAGCUGAUGUAGGAAUCUGUAGAGGUUUAAAUCGGAGGUAUUUCUUCAAUCUCAAGACAAUGAGUUGUGAGCUAUUCUACUAUGGAGGGUGUAAUGGAAAUGAAAACCGGUUUGAUGAUGAAGAAUCCUGCAUGGACACUUGCAUGCCGAUAAAAACUGGCCCAUCAUUUUGCUACAGCCCAAAAGAUAAAGGAUUAUGUUCAGCUUCAGUGUCUCGUUUUUACUAUAAUAUAAAAACAAAAAGCUGUGAGGAAUUCAGUUAUACGGGAUGUGGUGGAAACGAUAACAACUUUACUACUGAGAAACUCUGUCUCAAGGUCUGCAAGAAAGCAGGGAGAAGGAAACCACGUUUUAUGAGAAAAAUAAAAGCCAGCACAUAAAGCUGUGAAGUUCCUGCAAAUGAAGAAGUCUGUAGUCCAGAGGCACUGUCUUAACUUACUUGGAACAUCUUUAUUCUGACGCUGUUACUGUUAUCUGCAGCUAUAAAACAAUUGCCUUACUUGAUAGUUUCUGAACUGUAGCAAAUCAAAGUUGCCAUGGUCUAGCAAGGACAAACUAUCUAUCACCAACCUUUUUGGACUGGAUCUUAUGUUUAGCAUGGGUGGUUUGCUAAGAGACACAAACACAUAACCUUCGCCUGAGUUUAUGGCUCUCAUGAAGGAAAUGUAAGAUACAGAAAUAGGCUCGACACAUUUUCUGUACACAAGGGUUUUUCUCAACCACUUGCUGAAAAUGAUUGAUACACUUUUGUAAUGACUGUUUAUGUGGCCUUAUCCCCUUGUCAUAUUGAUAGGGAUGGACAGAGCUUGAAAAUAUGACACCAGGACUGUAACUCCCAGAAUCCCCCAGCCAUUUUAGGGAGUUCUAAGAGCUAUAAUCCAAAAGUCAUUCUUCCAAGCAGAUAGGGAUAAGCUAUAGCUCAGUUACAGAU